GAGCGUUUGGUGGCGACAAGUUCUACUUUUGUUCGUGAAUAAGGUGCCGUUGGCCAACGCGCUCUCAAUCGCUCUCAAUCGCUCAGUUUGCCUUUCUCGUGCUCCAAGAGUCUGUCUGAUUGGUGCGGCGUGUUGUGCCUAGUGCUGGUGUUGGAGGGCGCGGAUUGGGUUUCCCCUGGUUUCCCGCCUCCCCCUCGAUCGAUCGAUCGAUCCGUAGGAGUUGGCGGCCAGUUUGUUGCCUGUACUCUGGGUCCGUCCAGUGCAGUCGUUCAGUGCAGUGAGAGCGAGUGUGGUUCUCCCAUUGAAUCUGUGAGCGCUAGUCACGCCCGCCUGACCGGCCGACCCCCGUGCCGGCUCCAAAGGCAAGAAAGCGACGCCGUUUUUCUUGAGCUUGCCUUCGACGCCAUUUUGUUCCCUCUCUGUCCCCGCGUACGAUCAUCUCCCAACACCGAAGAACACCCGAGUCCCAGUUUCGGUCCCCGAUAUUGGCUCCUCAAGGUUGAAGUCGACUCGAUUGACCGCCUGAGCAUUCAUCACCGCCCCGAGGUACUGAGAUUGUCCGGGUUCACGCCCACAUUGACGUUCAAGCUUUACCUUUGCUGGACUUUGCCGGACCUGGUCCCUGCGUGGUUCCCUGGAUCUGGGCCAGCAUCAUGGGAUCCACGGACAAGUUCUGUUUGCGAUGGAACGACUUUGAGACUAACAUCAGCGCCGCUUUCAAAGAGCUUCGCCAAGACAAAGAUUUCUUCGACGUUACUUUGACCGUGGACGACGAUCCCAAUCAUGUGUUGCAAGCCCACAAAGUCAUUUUGUCGGCUUGUUCGCCUUUCUUCCGUAAUGUUCUCCUACGUCAGAAUGCCGCCAUGGGUGUUGCCGGUUUCUCGCAUCCUCACCCUUUGGUUUAUCUCCGGGGCGUGUCCUACGAAGAUCUGAAGCACAUCAUCGACUUCAUGUAUUAUGGCGAAGUCAAUGUGGCCCAAGACGAUCUCCAAGCAUUCCUUCAAGUGGCCGAAGAUCUCAAAGUCAAAGGCUUGACUCAAGCCGAUUCCAAUAGCAGCUCUGCCCCGUCCUCAUCGUCAUUGGGCAACUCCUCUGGUCCAUCUCGAGAGCCUUCGGGGGUAAAACGAGAGCCUCCUGGAGAAAACGGAGGAAUAGCCAAGAAGCGAUCCCGUCCAAAUCCAGCCGUUCCAGUCCCCGGACCCUCUCAUCAAGUACCUGUUCACUCCAUCGACGAUGAUGUUCAAGACGUCGGCGAUACCAACGUUAAAACGGAACAUUUGGCUGCCUCUGACUUUGAAGGCACUGACUUCGAAGCUGUGGAGGGCGAAGGUGGGGAAGGCGAUUAUGACUAUGCUCAGUACGGCGAUGAAUCGGGUGAUAUGACGUACGCGGAAGGGGAAGAUGGACAAAUGCUGCCCGGAACAUCAGGUGGAGACGAAUCCAAAGAUUUUGUGCAAACCAUGUAUCGCAAAGUCUCGAAUGGGUUUUGGUGUUUAGUGUGUGGAAAGGUGAUGGCCCUUAAGUCGGUCAUGCAGAGACACGUGAUUAGGAAGCACAUGCCGCAGGACAAAUAUAAGUGCAACCUUUGUGCUCAGAAAUAUGGAUUGGAGAGUGACCUCCAAACCCACUACAGGACCUCGCACAACGUAACUCUUACGCUCGCUGACAUUAGAAGCCAUUGCACUGCCGUUGCAUCAGGAGAUAGUCUGAAUAGAUGAUUGGCGAGUUUAGUUACAGAAAUGUAAAUUUCAAAAGCUUUAAUUGGCUGUUGUUCAUGAUGCAUGAUAUGCACUUAAAACGCAACGAACUUGAUGUUUCAAGUCAACCCGAGCCAUCGAGUGAUUUCGCGCAUGACCGCGGCCAUCAGCACUCAGCCCAUCAUACCGAAAUUUCCGGGCAAGUCUAUCCUAAUCUAAAAGUUCUGAUGACAUACUAAACAAAGAAGAAAGGAAAAGUUCGAGCAAUGGAGGGAUUAUCAAAUCGAACUACCGUUUUUGGAAUACAUGGUGUUUAUUCGGCAAAUUUUGGUCUCGAAAUAUGGUAGUUCGAUGAAGAGUGAAGAUGUUGUAUACCUCAGCCUCGAAGUGGUGGAUGUGUUUGGGUCCCGCACUUGAAAGGUUUCUUUAAUAAGCAUCAUUGCUAGACACUUUCGUUGAAGAAUUGCCACUUCGUUGGCUCAUG